UCCCUCCGGGCGGCGGCGUCUUCUUCCCUCCGGGCGGCGGCGUCUUCUUCCCUCCGGGCGGCGGCGUCUUCUUCCCUCCGGGCGGCGGCGUCUUCUUCCCUCCGGCAGCGGCAUCUUCUUCCCUCCGGGCGGCGGCGUCUUCUUCUCUCCGGCGGCGGCGGCGGCGUCUUCUUCCCUCCGGCAGCGGCGGCGGCGUCUUCUUCCCUCCGGGCGGCGGCGUCUUCUUCCCUCGGGCGGCGGCGUCUUCUUCCCUCGGGCGGCGGCGUCUUCUUCCCUCCGGCGGCAUCUUCCUCCUUCGGGUAAUUUCUUCCUCUCUCCAGUGGCGGCAGCUCCCUCCCCCUGGCAGUGGCGUCUCCUUCCCUCCAGCAGUAGUAUCUUCCUCCCUCCUGCGGGGCCUUCCUCUCUCCAGUGGCAGCAGCUCCCUCCUUCCGGAGGUGUCCCAGGCAGGCUCCCGAAGGUGUCCGGUGUGUGGCGGGUGCGAUGUGGCGGCUCCGCUGCAAGGCCAAGAAUGGCACCCACAUCCUGCAGGGCCUCUCGAGCCGGUCCCGCGUGCAGGAGCUUGAGGGUCAGAUAGCUGCCCUUACCGGGAUCGCUGCUGGGGGGCAGCGGAUCCUCGCUGGCUUCCCCCCCAAGUGCCUGGAUCUCAGCAAUGGGGAGACGGUGCUGGGGGACCUGCCCAUCCAGUCGGGUGAUACUCUGAUCGUUGAAGAGGACAAAACCAAGCCUAAGAUUUCAUCUUCUGCAGUCACAGAACAUGGCGCUCAUACUUCACUCGGGGAAGUUUUGCCUGAGCUUACCAGAACUGUGGUCCCAGCAGAUAACUCCUGCCUUUUCACCAGUGUGUACUAUGUUGUAGAAGGGGGAGUUUUAGAUCCAACUCACGCCCCUGAGAUGCGAAAUCUUAUAGCAGAAACAGUAGCGAGUGAUCCAGAAUUCUAUUGUGAGGCAUUCUUGGAAAAAACAAAUCAAGAGUACUGUGAGUGGAUUAGAAGAGAUGACACUUGGGGAGGGGCUAUUGAGAUAUCCAUUUUGUCAAAGUUCUAUCAAUGCGAGAUUUGUGUAGUGGACACUCAGACAGUCAGAAUUGACCGCUUUGGGGAAGAUGCCGCUUACCCCAAAAGGGUACUACUAAUUUAUGAUGGCAUCCACUAUGAUCCACUUCAGCAAAACUUCCCUGACCCAGACAGCCCUCCUUUGACCAUCUUUUCCUCCAGUGAUGACAUUGUUCUUGCGCAAGCAUUGGAACUGGCCGAGGAAGCUAGAAAAAAGAGGCAAUUUACUGAUGUAAACCGAUUCAUCCUCAGAUGCAUGGUGUGUCAGAAGGGGUUAACGGGGCAAGCAGAAGCCAGGGAACAUGCCAAGGAGACUGGCCAUACCAACUUUGGAGAGGUGUAAUCUAUGCAGGAGGAGGCAUUGUCUACUACCUCACUCAUCCAGAAGGAUCUGGGUUUUCCAAUAAGCUCUCUGUUAACCUAAAAUACAAAAGGUCAUAAUUUUA